CAGCUUCCUUUCUCAUCCUACGGACAUUUUUCCCCCCCCUUAACUUACAGCGAAUUUAGGGGAGCGAUCAUGUUGCGAGGAAAUCUGAAGCAAGUGCGGAUUGAGAAAAAUCCGGCCCGCUUGAGGGCCUUGGAGUCGGCGGCAGGGGAAAGCGAGACGGCCGCUGCGGCUGCCAUGGCGCUCGCUCUGGCCGGGGAGCAGGCUCCGCCCCCCUCGGCACCUCAGGAGGACCACCAGGAGGAAGAGAUGGGCUUUACCAUCGACAUUAAGAGCUUUCUGAAGCCUGGAGAGAAAACCUACACACAGCGUUGCCGCCUUUUUGUGGGAAACCUCCCCACGGACAUCACUGAAGAGGACUUCAAGCGGCUUUUCGAGCGUUACGGGGAGCCUAGCGAGGUCUUCAUUAACCGGGACCGCGGCUUUGGCUUCAUACGUCUGGAGUCUAGAACUCUGGCUGAAAUUGCAAAAGCAGAACUGGAUGGCACUAUUUUGAAAAGCAGACCUCUUCGAAUUAGAUUUGCUACUCAUGGAGCUGCCUUAACUGUCAAGAACCUUUCACCUGUGGUUUCUAAUGAGCUUCUAGAGCAAGCAUUUUCUCAGUUUGGUCCUGUGGAGAAAGCUGUUGUAGUAGUGGAUGAUCGUGGACGAGCUACAGGAAAGGGUUUUGUAGAAUUUGCUGCAAAACCUCCAGCACGAAAGGCCCUGGAAAGAUGUGGUGAUGGAGCAUUCUUGCUAACCACAACUCCUCGGCCAGUCAUUGUGGAGCCCAUGGAACAAUUUGAUGAUGAGGAUGGACUACCAGAGAAACUAAUGCAAAAGACUCAACAGUAUCAUAAGGAAAGAGAACAGCCUCCCCGUUUUGCUCAACCUGGGACAUUUGAAUUUGAGUAUGCAUCACGUUGGAAGGCACUGGAUGAAAUGGAAAAGCAACAGCGGGAGCAAGUUGACAGAAACAUUAGAGAAGCCAAAGAGAAACUAGAAGCAGAAAUGGAAGCAGCUAGACAUGAACAUCAGUUAAUGCUGAUGAGGCAAGAUCUUAUGCGGCGCCAGGAAGAACUGAGACGCUUGGAAGAACUUCGAAAUCAAGAACUUCAGAAACGCAAGCAAAUACAGCUGAGACAUGAAGAAGAACAUCGUCGUCGUGAAGAAGAGAUGAUACGUCAUAGGGAACAAGAAGAACUUCGAAGACAGCAAGAAGGAUUUAAACCAAACUACUUGGAAAAUAGAGAACAGGAAAUGAGAAUGGGUGAUUUGGGUCCCCGUGGAGCAAUAAACAUGGGAGAUGCGUUUAGCCCAGCACCUGCUGGUAACCAAGGUCCUCCUCCAAUGAUGGGUAUGAAUAUGAACAACAGAGGAACUAUACCUGGCCCACCUCUGGGUCCUGGUCCUGCCUUGGGACCAGAAGGAGCUGCAAAUAUGGGAACUCCAAUGAUGCCAGAUAAUGGAGCAGUGCAUAAUGACAGAUUUUCCCAAGGACCACCAUCUCAGAUGGGUUCCCCUAUGGGCAGUAGAACAGGUACUGAAACCCCUCAGACCCCAAUGAGUGGUGUAGGUCCUGUGAGUGGUGGUCCUGGUGGCUUUGGUAGAGGAAGCCAAGGGGGAAACUUUGAAGGACCUAACAAACGUCGCAGAUACUAAAGAAUCUUUCAUUCCUUGCAAUUUAGAGAGAAGAAAAUUCAAUGGUAUGCCUUUAUAAUUUUACCUGUUUUCUGAAAGAUGGUUUUAUUGUUAAUGUAGUCUUUUCAAAGUUUCUUUUGUAAAAUCUGAAGUUUUUGUAUUUUUUUUCUUUAGUCGUACAUAAGCUUUGUAGUCUAGAGUGGAAAUGAUGAUGCUCAUCAUUGUGAAAGUCAAAUGUGUUUGUGACUUUAGCAGAAUAUAAACAUGCGAUCGUACUGUAAAACUUGUGCAGAUACUUGAUCUCAAUAAAGAAAUCACUUUGAAUAAUUUGAAA